UAACUAUACUACAUUGCCAUGGCGACGGAAACAAAAGCUACAAGCCAUUUUACAAGCCUUUCUGCAGAAGCAGCAAUGGACGUGCCGCCCCAGGAUACUAGUAAACUAAUAGUGCCGCAAACAACGAAAAGAAGGAAAAGUUCCGCCAAUACUGCAGCGAAAGAAGCAAUGACUACUUCCCCCGAGGCUGCAGAAAAGGGACCUGCGGCUGAAGCAAAGUCAACGUCAACGGAGAAGGAGACGAGAGAGAUAGUCUCCGAGGCCAAAGUCAUGUCAGACCUACUCGCGAGGCUGCAAGAGUCCCUCGCGCGUGCUGCAGACAAGAACGACAGCCUCCUGGAAGCAAUCGAAGCCACUGAGGCUCGCGCUUCUCGCGAGGGCCAGCCAGAGAGCGAGACCUCGCUGCUGAGAAAUCUGAGGGCCAGGUUGGCAGCUUCUCACACUCCAAACUCCAACGCUAGAAGAGAUCUGAGUUCUGUAGCAGCUCAUUUCGAGAAGCAGUGGCAAAAGGUUGAGGAGAGCCUGAGGCUGUGGGAAAUGAAGCACAGACAGCUCCGCAAGGAACAGAACCAACUGCAAGAACACUACAAUAAGUAUGGUAGAAAGAGAAAGGCUUUUGAAGUGGAGAAAUAUUCAUGGGAGCAAGAACUGAGCAUGGCUAGGAAGGAGAUCCUGGAGCAGGAUGACAGACUCACUCUCCUGAGCCAGCAACUGGCAGGCACUAAGGAAGCACUGGAGGUGAAGACAAGUGAGCUAGCUUCGCAGAGAAUUGCCUUUGAGGAGGAGAAGCUGGCACAGGAGACAGUGGGAGCCAAAGUACAGGACUCUGAGGCAGAGUUACUCAGACACAAACUAAAAGAGCAGGUACUGAAGAAUGUUGAGUUGGAGAGUUCCCUGCUGAGGGCUGAGCUGGGUCUCCAGCAGAGGGGAGAGGCUGCCAGAGCUCUGGAGACCAGACUACAGAGACUGGAGACAGAGCUGCAGCAGGCCCGACUGGCUUCUUCUAGAGCCGUUAAACAGUUUGAGAAGAGGACAAUGGAAGCCAAUAAGAAGUUGAGUGACAUGACAGCAGAACUCUCCAAGGCCCAGGAGCAUGCGAGACGAUUUCAAGAACUCCUCACAGCCGAGAGAAGAAAGCAGAAGAGCUUACAGCAUGCUCUGGAGCAAGAGAUGGGGAAGACCAAAGGUGGACAGGGGGCGGCAGGACUCAGUGUGGCGGCACAGCGCGCGUACGUUGAUACCCUCACAGAGACUCUGAGUCCCCAGAGCAAGAACCACGGACCAACACGACUUGAGGAUGUUAUCAGGAAAAAUGAGGUGGUAAUGAUAGAGAACAGGGGACUGCGGGCUGAGGUGAGGAGACUCCAUAUGGAAAACUCUCAUCUCCUGCACAGAGUCCGGUUCUCAGACAGUAAUGCUCACUACAUGAGGAACCAGGUGGUAUCUAAUGUGGCAGAUAGGGCUGAGCUGCUGCAACGGCUAGAGAAAGCCGAGACACAGGUUUAUAUAUAUAUAUACAGUGGAACCCCUUAAUCUGGUAGCAAUAAGACAGUAGAAAGAGUCCUUAUUAGUGAGGUGUUCUUAUUUCAGGUGCAUGCAAAAUUUGUUCAAAAUGAGCAGAGUUAACAUUUCACGGGUUUUGUUUUACCAUUUCCUUGAUAUGUAGCUACCUGUUUGUGUCUAUGUAGUACAAGGAGCUGGAGAGUAGUUUGACUCGGCAGGCAGCCGAGUGGGUGAAUAAGAGGAAAAGCGAGAAAAAUGGCAGAGAAGACCAUAAGAUGGGCACAGGUUUGGUUCGCUACUCCCAUGCAAAGAUGACGAUGACUUGUUUCCAGGUGGAGCCAAUUCCAGUGCUAGGUGCCAGUGAGAGAACUUGGAAUGUGACUAGCAAGUCGCCUACACAAGGACGUUGCAUACCAGUUCACAAGUGGUAGUUGU